CCCACAUUACAGUUGGAGGCUCUCUCACUCCAUCUCUUCCUCUAAUCAUCCUUCCUCUAUCAACCAAAAUCUGCAUUUAGUUUACACGACUCAAACGAAAAGAGACAAAACUUUCAUACCUCAACUGAUUCUUUCCUGAUAUCGCAAGAAUUCCCUUGUCCCCUUAUUCCAUGAAACACAAGAAUCCAUCCCUCCAGUGCAUAUGUGCUAUAGUCAGUACUGAAUAAGCACUAUUUCAUCCAUUUGCAAGAACAUGGUAAUACCAUUUCUGAGCAUCAUCUCGUAUGUCCUGUAUCGCCUUUCAUCACUUGGAAAUGCAUCAGCAAUUUGCCAAAAGUCGUGCGGGGCAGUUUCAUAUAACCAUAUUCCCUUCCCCUUCGGAUUCUCCUCAGGCUGCCAAAUCCAAUUAAACUGCACCUCAAAUGGUACGAUGGUCAUCCAUGACUUUCCUAUCCUGGACAUAAGUCAGGAGAGCAUAAUGGUCAAUCUUCAGGCUCAAUGUGGGCGAUCCAUGUCUGCCAUCGACGAUCUCUUCGGUCCUAACUACGCCCCGACUUCGCAUAACGGAAUUCUGAUGGAAAACUGCACUGCUCCAGUUCCAACUUGUGUGAUUCCAACCACCAUGGUCCUAACUCAUUUCGAGCUGCUUGAUUGCGGUGCUCAAAACAGUAGUAAUUUGAGCUGUUACUCUGAGCCCAGCAAGCAAAGCCUUUUUAUGAACUACAAUAGCUUGGUGAAAAAUCGGUGUUCCUCGCUGUUUUCUGCGAUUUCAAUCGAGUCUUAUGGUACUAAUUCAUCAUCCGUCUCGCUCACAGUUCAGUUGGUCCAGUUGGGUUGGUGGCUUCAGGGGCACUGCCACUGCUCUAUACAUGCCAAUUGUACAAAAAUAUGGUCUCCUACGGAUGAGAAGCCGGGCUAUCGGUGCCAAUGCUUAGACGGCUACGUCGGAGAUGGCUACAUAGCCGGCGUUGGCUGCCGGAGAGACUCCACAAGAUGCAACCCGGCUAAGUACCUUUCAGGCCAGUGUGGAGGAACAACAAGAGUUGGCGUUCUAGUCGGAGGUGUUAUUGCUGGUGCUGCUUUAAUGGUUAGUAUUGGCCUAGUAUGCUGCUUCGUUCGACGGCGUUCGAGGCUAAAAACCAGAAAUAAAACUAAGCGGGAAUUGUGUAAAGCUACCGGAAUCAGUAUUCCUGUGUAUCAUUACAAAGAAGUGGAGAAAGCCACCGAGUCAUUCUCAGAGAAAAGAAGACUAGGAACGGGUGCAUAUGGAACAGUGUAUUCAGGAAAGCUGCACAAUGAUGAAUGGGUGGCAAUCAAGAGGAUCAGGCAUAGAGAUACUGAGAGCACUGAACAAGUACUAAAUGAGAUCAAACUUAUUUCCACUGUCAGCCAUCCGAAUCUUGUUCGCCUCUUAGGCUGCUCCAUAGAAAAAGGAGAACAGAUUCUAGUUUACGAGUUCAUGCCCAAUGGAACUCUGUCUCAGCAUUUGCAAAGAGAAAAAGGGAAUGGACUACCCUGGGCUGUUCGAAUAACGAUUGCAGCUGAAACUGCUCAGGCUAUAGCUUAUCUCCACAAUGCAGUUCACCCUCCCAUUUAUCACAGGGACAUAAAGUCCAGUAACAUACUACUGGAUUACAAUUACAAGUCAAAAGUUGCAGACUUUGGCCUUUCAAGACUCGGGAUGGUAGAAUCAUCCCACAUUUCAACUGCACCCCAAGGAACUCCUGGAUAUCUUGAUCCUCAAUAUCAUCAGCACUUCCAUUUAUCCGAUAAAAGUGACGUCUACAGUUUUGGAGUAGUUCUUCUCGAGAUCAUAACAGGAUUGAAGGCAGUGGACUUUAAUCGUCCACAGCACGAAAUAAACUUGGCAAAUCUUGCUGUUGACAGGAUAGGAAAAGGAUGUCUACACGAAAUAAUUGAUCCAUUUCUUGAGCCACGUAAGGAUCCUUGGACCAUUUCAUCGACGCAUAAAGUGGCAGAAUUGGCAUUCAGGUGUCUUGCUUUUCACAGGGAUAUGAGGCCAUCAAUGAUGGAAGUGGCCAUUGAAUUAGAACAAAUUAGGCUUAGUAAAUGGGCAAAUUUUGAAGAGAACACCACAGGUCUUCCAGCUUCAGCAGAGGUGUCAUCUUGUUCUUCAUCAUCUUCUGCUUGUGAGAAACCACUAAAUCUGACCGUACAGAGGGCAGAAAUCACCAGAACUAUUGUAUCUGUUACGGGGAAAUUGAAUUCCAUGGAAAGGGAUUAUUCCCCAGUUUCUGUACAGCAUCCCUGGCCAAGUGAACAAAGUUCACCAUCGUCGAAUAGUUUGCUCAGUCAUGUAAUUCCUUAGUGGUACAAACUGUAAAAAAUGCUUCCUUUUGGGUUUUAUUUGUAGUCUUCAUUUUUCUUAGGGAUAAUUACAGAAACCUCCCCUGAGGUUUCUGACAUUUA